ACAAAGAGAGAAGUUGGCAGAGGGGUGUCGGCCGCAGAGGAACCGAGAACACAUUGGGAUCCUGGGCCCCUCGUCCCGCUGCCCUGACGCCCGCCAGAGUCCGGAUCCCCCUUCCCCUGCCGGGAUGCUGCUCGCUCUGCUGCUCCUCCCCUGGGCAUGGGGGGCCCAGGCUGCCUCCCCUCCUGUCCCCACAGCGUCUGUCACCCUCCGGGUGCUCUACAUUGACGUCUUCCACAACGCCAGCUCCACGGACGCACAGGGGAUGGCCCUGCUGGGCGACCUGGAGACCCACUCCAUGGACUGCAGCACCUGCGAGAUCCGCUUCCUGCAGCCCUGGGCCCAGCAGGGCCUGACCCCGAAGCAGUGGCAGGACCUGGAGCUGCUGAUCCACCGCUACAUGUCCAACUUCAUCCUUAAAGUGAACACAAUAGCCCAGCAGCAGGGAAUGAGCUACCCCUUUGUUACCCAGGGCUCCCUCGGCUGCGAGCUGCACCCCAAUGGCACCUCGAGGGGAUUCUAUGAUACCGCACGGAACGGCGAGGACUUCAUCAGCUUCGAUGCGGACACAAGCAAAUGGGUCGCUCGGCGGGGGGAUAAGCUGGCGCUCUACGCCCAGGACCUUCUCAACCGGGAUAAGGGCACAGCCAGCAAGAUUCAGUUUCUCCUAAGAAUGUGUGUCAGUGAGCUCAAGAGCUUUGUCCAGCAUGGGAAAGAGUCUCUGGAGAGGCAAGAGCGGCCGGUCGCCGUGGUGUUUGCCCGAGCGCCUCCCCCAGCCGGGACCCCCGCGCCGGUACUGCUGGUUUGCCGGGUCACCGGUUUCUACCCCCGGCCCGUCCGCGUGGCCUGGCUGCAGGACGGGGAGGAGGUGGGGCCGGGCGGGCGGCUGAACUCCAGCGGGAUCCUGCCCAACGCGGACCUGACCUACCAGCUGCGCAGCUCCCUAGCCGUGGGGCCGGGCGCCGGGCACAGCUACGCCUGCCGGGUGCAGCACAGCAGCCUGGGGGGCCGGAGCCUGCUGAUCCCCUGGGAGCAGAACAGGCCCUGGGGCCCCGGCCUGGUCGUGGGCAUCACCCUGGGGGUUGUGGCCGUAGCCGCCGUGGCCGUGGUGCUGUGGCGGAGCAGACGCAGGGGCUACCAGGACGUUAGACCAGGGGAGUCCAGUCCCUGAGGGGGCGGCACUGGCCCCAGCGUGGGGAUCGGCCCCUCCCCUGGGGACACGGACCUUGCAGCUGGAUCCCUGCCCGGCUCCAGAGCUCAGGGUCCCCCGAGGGCCAGUCUGGA